AAAAAAAAAAGACAUUUGUGUAACUAACAUUUCAAUUUUCCGUUUAAUCAUUUUUUUCCUCAAUCACCAUCUCUACAUUCUCCGACGAAAUAAACCCGCCGGAAACCUCCUUUCUCCGCCGUAAAAAUGGCCGGAAAAUCCUUCUCCGCCGAUCACCGCCACACUCAUCUAAUUCUCAAAUUCGCCGUCGUUUCGCGACUAAUUCUAAUAUCCCUAAUACUUCUCUGGCGAUCACUUCUCAACCCUUACGAUACCUCCGCUUCAAUUAACCCUACCUGCCUCUCCAACUCCGGUUCAAAUUCCAGUUCGGAGUUCGAAUGGACGCCGGUUCGGAUUCGCAUGCGGAGACUGGCGUCGGUGAUUGAGGAUAGUAUUGUGUGGGAUAGUGUGUACUUUGUGCGAAUUGCGGAGUGUGGAUAUGAGUAUGAACAGACUUACGCAUUUUUGCCUUUGCUUCCGAUUUGCAUCUCCUUGCUUUCGAGGACAGCGUUUGCCCCAUUCGUACCCUUUAUCGGACAGAGAGCUGUUCUUGGAUUAUCUGGUUAUGUGCUUAAUUACUUUGCAUUUGUUUUGGCUGCUUUUUAUCUUUACAGACUCUCAGCUAUUAUCUUGAAGGACUCAGAGCUGGCGUUGAGAGCUUCAAUAUUGUUUUGCCUCAAUCCUGCCUCCAUAUUCUACUCAGCCAUAUAUACUGAAAGUAUGUAUGCUUUGUGUUCCAUUGGAGGAAUGUACUAUCUCAUGAGGGGUUCAACUAAUAUUGCAACGCUUUGGCUUGCUCUCUCUGGAUUUGCAAGGUCGAAUGGAGUGCUUAAUGCUGGGUAUAUUUGUUUCCAGACAAUGCAUAUGUCCUAUAAAGCAGCUUUUGUUAGAAAACAUGCUGGUGUGACCUUCAUAGUUCUUCUUUCUGGGGCUUUGCGUUGCUUAUUUAUCAUUUCCCCGUUUAUAGCUUUUCAAGCCUAUGGGUACUACAAUAUGUGUGUGAGAGGCACUUCAAAUGAAAUGAGGCCUUGGUGCAAGGCAAAACUUCCUUUACUCUACAACUAUAUCCAAAGUCGUUAUUGGGGAGUGGGUUUCUUAAAGUACUUUCAAGUAAAACAAAUUCCAAACUUUGUUCUUGCAUCCCCAAUAUUAUUUCUUGCCCUCUGCACAAUCAUACAUUAUGUGAAGCUAUGGCCUGAGGUUUUUGUCUCACUUGGCUUUCGGGCGUCCUCUACAACUGAAGAACUUUCUGCUUCAUCCAUUCCUCUGGGGAGAAGUGCAGGAUCCAAGAGUGUUGGCUUUUCAUCGGAAGACAGAUCUGAUGCCAGACAAGGCAACUCUCUUAGACGGCGGAAACCAGCUGUGAAAGAAGAGAAUUAUGUGGUACAGCCUUCAGAAGAUGAAGAAUCAGAGAAUCCAGGAUUUAAACCAGUUACUAUUGUUCCCUUCAUUCUACACCUUCUUUUCAUGGCUGCAACAGCUUUUUUUGUCAUGCACGUACAGGUUUCAACACGGUUCUUAUCUGCCAGCCCUCCUCUCUAUUGGUUUGGCUCAUAUGUCAUGGCAUCUCCUAGUUUUAGCAAGAGAUGGGGAUAUAUUAUUUGGACAUACUGUGCAGCUUACAUCUUGCUCGGCAGUUUGCUCUUCUCUAAUUUCUACCCCUUCACCUGAGACGCGUGCAUCACAUCCGAUGGCUACCUUGCAGCAGCAGCAGCUAUUCCAAUUUUGAAGGAUAAAAAAAGAGUAGAGAUGCUGAUUCUGGUCGAGAAGUUUGUGUUCUUUGCAUUCAAACCUUGAAAAUCUCCACUUUUGAUGACAUAGUUGUCUGAUUUUACAUGAUUAGAAUGAUUCAAUUGACUCUACCAUCAAUUGACUCUACCAUGAAUGUUGCAAAACCAGUUUUGCUUUCAUAAUAGUCUGCAACUGUAGAGGUGUUUUCGUGUGACCUAUAGGUCACACGUUUCAGCCAUGGAAUUAGCCACUGAUGUUUGCGUCAUGGUAGGGUUCAUAUUCGAUGGCUACCUUGCAGCAGCAUCAGCUAUUCCAAUCUUGAAGGAUAAAAGUAUAGUAGAGAUGUGUAUACUGGUUGAGCAGUUGUUGAUUUUACCUGAACUAGAAUGAUUCAAUUGCCUACCAUGAAUAUUGCAAAACCAAUUUUGCUUUUCAUACAUAAUUGUUUGUAGAUA